AUGUCUUCUCAAGAUCUUGAAAGUGCGCUUUCAAAAUUUAAAAUACUCAACAGAGAACAACUCGAAGAUUGUACUCCACACGAACUUUAUACAUUACAACAAGCUUUACAAAUCAAAAACUAUGGUGGUUUUGAUAUUGUUGGAACUUUACCUCUUGAACUUUCUGUAAAAAUUUUUGAAUAUCUUAAUUGUAAAGAUCUAUGCGCUUGCCGAGAGGUAUGCCAAAGAUGGAGAAGCAUUACAAAAGAUCCCACUAUAUGGAGGGCAAAAUGUUUAGAAAUUCUCUACUGUGAUAAAGGAUCAAUCUCAGAAAAUGAUAUGAAAGAUAUUCCAAAAGAGGGCUGGGAAAAAUUAUGUAGAAAAUUAUAUCGACGAGAGGUUAACUGGAAUAAUGGAGGGGUUCAAAGAGUUAGAUUUUUAAAAGGACAUAGGGAUCGUAUAACCGAUUCGAAAUUAAAAGGUAAUAUUCUUGUCACUGGAUCAGCAGAUAGAACAGUGCGAAUUUGGAACGUUGAUACCGGCCAAUGUGAACAUGUAUUUACUGGAAAUGUUUUUAGUUGUGUUGAUUUUUUACCUGAAGAAAAAAUCAUUGCUGCUUCUACUUAUUUCCGCAUGGAAACUAAAGAGUUGUUAGGCGAGUUUAAUGGCCAUGUGACUGCUGUAAGAUGUAUCAGUUUAUCGAAAUCUUUUAUCGCGUCUUGUUCUUUUGAUGGGAGCGUAAUUGUUUGGAACUGGAAAUCUGGUGAGAAAAUUGCGACAAUACCAGCAGAUUCAAUUGCAGUUCGAAUAUUUGAUACCACAAUUUUAUCACUUAGUAGUCAAAAAAUCGAAGCAUAUGAUAUAAAUAAUGGAACAUGCAUUUUUUCAUCUCCAUUUGAAGAAGGGCUUAUAGGCUGGUCCUAUAUCCAAAAUUAUUUAUCGUCAAUAGAAAACCCACAUGAUGAAAUUUAUGGUCAGAUGUUAUCAUCACUAUCUAUGAUUAAGGGAUUAAGCCAUUAUUCUUCAGUUCGUGUAUUUGAUUUCGAUACGCGUAAAAAUAGAUUUGUGCGCAUAGAUGGGCAAAUGCCAUCAGCUGUUUUAUGGUUGACCUUGUUCGGUUAUAAUUAUAGGUCAAAGAUGAUAGAAUAUCCUUGUAAUGAAAAUUCUAUGGAUUUAGAUAUUAACAAGGAAAUCUUUAGAACCAUUAAUGUGGAUUGCCGUCGUAUUGUAGCUGGAUGUUUAAGUGGAAUUAUUGUUCUUUUAGAGUUUGAUGAAAAUUAA